CUCGGCCAGUCGGGGGCCAGCAGAAAGCUUAGCGUGGAUUAGCGUGGUUGCAUUGUGGGCGCAUUUGGCCUGGCGGGUACGCGUCUACGUCACUCGUUGGCUCAAUCAACUAUGGAGAUAUCUUGGUACUUGCUGGACAAGAUGGGCGGACCUGUAUCAAUCUUCCAGGAGAGGUUGAUUGGACUUUUUUUGUGUUACUGGGGAAGAUAGAUUCAACUAGAAAGGCUUCUUACGAAUUGAAGAUAUAGAUUGGUCUGUCAAACGCGAUGAGCCAAAGGGCGCCCGUCAAAGAAGAAAGCAAGAGGUUUUCGAACUUGCUCGCAGACUCCACGAGAGCUUCAACGAUUGCUUCCACUGGCCAUAUGGAGCAUAUUUGUCAAACCUACACCGACCUUUGACUUUCUGGAAUAGGAUGGUCGGCCGGGAGGCGAUUGUUAAGGACACCGGUGGCCUGAUCCGUUUCCAUCCCCGUUACUCGUUUUCUGACCUCGAAGAAGCCGCCACUGUCCUCGCCUACGGGUCUUUUCUGGAGUGGAAACGAGAAAAGGAGUCCCAUGACCAUAUCCAAAAGUACGACCACCUUGUUGCUUUUGUCACGAUUGGGUUGAAUGGAAUCACCGCUUUGGUCGAUUUGAACCCUCGACUCAGAGAGGAAGAGGAAAACUUUCGCAUCAAGGAAAUCUCAGUCGCUCAACUGACGUUUGUCCCUCCAACUGCAGAGAAGAAAGGCAGUUGGAAGUGCACCGCGAUCUUAAUGUCCAAUGUGUUUAACAUACCGUACGGAUCGGGUUGCAUAUUCUAUAUUCAUAAAAAGGACCAGGAAAGGUUUCGGCCUUUUUCCACGGCACUGGGCGAAAGGCCAAAGUUCAUCCGUGUGACCAUGUCUAUGAGCAUCUCGGAGAGCGGAGCAAAGAGACAGGUUGAUGCUAUAAACCGCCUUUGCGGUGUAGUGCAUGAUAAUGAACUUGGAUACUUGAACAAGUGGCGGCCACUCCUGCUAAACCAGCACUCCGGUGUGAGGAAGGUUAAUGAUUUGGCUACCGAGCAUGGUCUUAAGCCAGAUACGGUCACUUCAGCCAUUGAUCAUAUUGUCUCGCACGGUAGCCUUGACUGGUCUGAAGACAAAAGGGAGUGCCUUCGAAACUGUGCCUCCUUUCCGGGACGUGCGAUACUUAUCCAGGGUUUUCCCGGAGCCGGAAAGACAUUUCUGAUAGUUGGAAUGAGCAGUGUCUAUCUAAGCCUCGGUAUCCAGGUUCUUUCACGGCUCCUAGCCACUAUGCGGCCGAUGCGAUCUGUACCACUAUAGAGAACUUUAGUUCGCAAGUGGGUCACGAAAUGAUUCCUCUGCGUGUCUACCGUCCAGGAUCGGAAGAAUAUACCUGGAAAAAUUCAGGUUCACCAGCAGUCAAGGAAAGACCUACCACCCCAGACGAGAGCUCAAACGACUCUGAUGUGGCGGUACAGAUGCUCAUGCUUCAGAUCGCUGAAUCCAUCGUCAGUGAGAACCGAUUGAAAC